GUCCAGCGAGCGCAGAGUGACUGACGUUAAUUUCACUACCGGAUUAUCACGAUUCCUUUUGCCUCGCAGUUCCUAUUAUUGCUUGUUAAACGCAAUUUCAAUCUGUAGUUGUCGCGGCGCAAUUCAUAAAUAUGGCAUCCUUUAAAUUUUACUUUUUGUCGGCUUUGAUUUGUGGCGCUCUGGUUCUUGGCCAUGCGGAGGUACCAAAACCACCACCAACAGAAGUCAUUGAUCUCACUUCAACCACCAAAGAACCAACAACACCAGACACAACGCCGGAAACAACACCAGACACAACGCCGGAAACAACACCAGACACAACGCCAUCAACAACCACCUCAACGAGUACGACUCCAUCAACAACUACUUCAACUCCCGACACUACAACUACAACCACAACUACGCCAGCCCCACCGAAGCCAACGCCUACACCGGCCCCAGUGCCCCCCAAGCCCAUUGGACCUCCGGACCAGGGACUGUGGCCUUACGGCAAGAAUGUGACGUGUGUCAUUGUGCAGUUUGCUGCGCAGUUAAACGUCACCUACGGCAAUCCUAACUCCUCCUCCUCCGAGUUAAUCCACGUGAUCCUCAACGUCCCCGCCAACGCGUCCGUCAUCUCCGGCAACUGCGACGGCCUUGAACAGUGGCUCACCAUUGGCUGGCCAGCGACCAAUGAGACCAACCACACGUUGACUGUCUUGUUCGCCAAGAAUGACAGUAUGAAGUCGUAUGAGAUGAAGAGCUUGAAUGCUUCACUUGUGGCGUCUAUCUUGCCUAACAUCACAAACGUGGACACCAUCAACCUGUCCCACCAGACACCGGAAUGGAAGACGCCGCUCGCCGCGUCCUACCGCUGCACGCCGCCCACAGAACUCAAAAUGAACGCGGACAACAGCAACAUUGCAGCCACUAUAACACUUAGCCGACUGCAGGAGGAGGCUUUCAGGACUACGUCUGGCAACGGGUUCAGUGCUGCUCGCGACUGCCCCAGUGGCGACAUACCCGACGCCGUCCCCAUCGCGGUGGGCUGCGCUCUCGGCGGCAUGGUGGUGGUCGUGCUGGUCGCGUACCUCGUGGCCCGCCGCCGCUCCGCCAACCGCGGAUACCUGUCCAUGUGAACAGGUCGGUACUUA